CUCUCUCUCUCUCUCUCUCUCUCUCGUCUUGCUCCCGCUCUCGCUCUCGAUCCGAUCCGUGGUUGCUUACGUGCCGUUUCCUCACCGGCGGCAGCGGCGCUGGGCGAGUGGCUUCACCGGCGACGAUCGUCCACUAGGAUUCUUAGCGAGCCAAUGGGGAGGUAAUUUGUCUGGCUGGGCACAAGAUCUUAGUUCAUGGUGCCUGGAUGAGCAGUGGAGAUGCUACUGGCCGUGGAAGGAGGAGGGUUCUUCUCGUCUUCAGCUUCAGGGUACAGCCAUGGCCUCGCCCUCUUGCUGCUUGGAAGGAAAGCGGAAGAGAAGCCCGUCAAGGUCUCGCCGUGGAACCAGUACCGGCUAGUCGACCGGGGAGGUGAUCAGGUGUACCAUCUGGCCUCCGGCAAGGAUCAGGCGCCUGGGAAAUGUGCUCCCUUUGUCUGCUUCGGUUGCACUGCCAAUGGCCUCGAGGUGGCGUCGCCUCCAAAAGUGGUAUCGAGCAAUGCAUUGGAUAGCACACAGGAAGAAGCAUCUUGCUCAGCGAACAAGAAAUGCACUAGUGAUUCCAUCAUUGGGAAUGAGAGACGAGGCUGUCUUAAGAGCAACUCCAAAAGGGAUUCUUUGGAGCAUAUUAUAGUUGUGAGUGAGGGUGAAGAACCGCGUGAGUCACUGGAAGAGGUGCAGACCUUGAGAGCUAGCAUGGAGCGGAGGAAGGUUCAGUGGACAGAUACAUGUGGAAAGGAUCUCUUUGAGAUAAGGGAGUUUGAAACGAGUGAUGAAGGGUUGUCAGAUGAUGAUGCUGAAAAUGAAGGUUUUAGGAAAUGCGAGUGUGUGAUUCAGUAGAUUUCAUGUCUUCAGAACAAGCUUGACAGAAACAUUUGUUCAUGGGAAGCCGAAGUGCUGCUGGGCAGGGUGUGUGCUGCACUCGUGACUUCUCAGCAACCGGAAUGAUCGAUCAUAGUCGAAACAAAACAAACAGGGACGACUCGUUAUCAUGCUAAAUUAUUUUUUGGUUCUAUGCUUAGCUAGCCUGUGCAGCAGGUUUACAGUUUUGAUGCCCACCUGUACAAUAUCAAGAUUUGACUCUAUUGUUUCCUUUUUCUUCAUAUUUUAUUUUCCUGGCAUUCCAUUAUGUUUUUAUGCCCGUUGUACCAUAUGACGCUGUCCUGUUGCUACCCCCUGUUCCUGAUUUUGUUUUGCUCCUGACGUGUUGAGUGAGGCCUUGUUGACAUUUUCGUUGAAGUUGGUAAAGUUCAUGUCUUUGUUGCAGUGAA